AUGUGUUUUCUGGAUAAUGAAGCCGCGCAGACAGUGAGCACAAUGGCGACUCUUGAGGAGUUUCUGCUUAAGGAGGAAUACUCCUUAUCACCUCUACAUGUGACCACGGGCUUUAGUACAGAUCCUAAAAUCUUCACGGAGGACGAACAGUACUCUGCGAUUCCAAAUUCCGAAGAUAAUUUUUCGCACUCCUCUGUUCUUCUUUCUCCAAAUUUCUCCUCAUUAUUCCCCAAAUUUCAGUCAAGGGACAGAAAUUAUACAUUUGAGGAAGCUGCAAAUAGCGGUUGGAAGUCAGAGAACACUUCGUCAGGAGGUGAAAAUGAGGCGAGAGCGGUGCAUUACAGAGGAGUGAGGCGAACGAAAUCGGGAGGAAAAUAUUAUGCGGAGAUUCGAAACCCUGACAAGAAAGGUUCCAGGUUUUGGCUUGGCACUUUUAGUACGGCGGAAGCGGCGGCGGCGGCAUAUGACCGUGCAGCGUUCCAGAUGCGCGGAGGCAGAGCUCUUCUAAAUUUUCCGCUCAACGUUGAAUCUGGAUGUUAUUUGGAUCCCUACUCUGAAUCUUAUACUUCAUACUCUCCUUUAAGCUCACCAAAUAAAAGGAGAAAAAAUGGAAAAGAUGAAAAGAGCACCGCAGAUUUGUAA